AUGUUGAAGACACAAGAACAAAAGCAGAAGUUUGUGUCUGCAUUUAGAGAAUUUUCAAUAAAUAAUGGUUGCAUCAAAGACUUCCCAAUCAAGAGUGAUCAGUUGCAUGUGCUUGGGUUUGUAGAUCACGUCAUACAACAUUUGAAGGAAAAUUUUGUGAAUGGCAAGGUAAGCAAAGCUAAAUGCUUAGUCCAAGAUGCUGUUGUGUUAGCUCAGAACAGAAGUUUAAUCCAUCACGUGGGUUCUUCCUCCUAUGCUAAGGACCCAUUCAUUCACAAGGACACAAGGUAA